UUGGGCCGGUUGAAAGGGCAGCUGGCCGGCGUUAAAAUAGGAAACUUGAGUAGGAAAGCUUCUGCUUAUACGGAGGUAUAUUCAACAUUCCAUAUUAUCAUCAACAAUGGCAGGCAAAUCGCCCUUCGACCUUCCUUUCGAUGAGCUCCCAAACCCGAAGCAGGUGUGGGUUGGAAGCCCUGGCAGCUACGAAGAAGGACUGGGAAAGCUGGCGAUUUUGACCCCUGAAAUCGUGGCCAGGGCAGCCGCAAGUGAGAUUCGAACUGGUCGUCGCGUUACCAUGGGCUGGGACUUGACCAAGUUGGACUUUCCGAAUCUGAAUCGCCAGCCAUGUCAGCAUAAAAUCGUGCCUCUCUUGGGUGGCAUCGCCUUUGAUGACAUCUAUACCAUGAACCCCCAGCAAAGUAGUCAAUGGGACGGCCUUCGUCAUUUCUCGCAGACCGUCCCGGGUCAACCUGAGCGUGUUUUCUACGGAGGCACGACCGCCGACGAGAUCAAUGACCGUCACAACGAUCGCAUAGGCAUGCAGCACUGGGCGCGCGAAGGAAUCGCAGGGCGUGGAGUGCUGAUCGACUACGCAACGUGGGCGGAGAAAAAGGGAAUCGAGUACAGCACGUUUUCGACGCAUCAAGUCCGAUUGUCCGACAUCCUGGAAAUUGCCGAGGAGUCCGGCAUCGUCUUCCAGCGAGGCGACAUCCUCUUCGUCCGGGUCGGCGUGACCAAAGAGUGGGAUACUGUGAUGACCGCGCAGCAGAAGCAAAAGUACUCGCAGGAUCCCAGUCCCGAGCAUGCAGGCGUCGAAGCAACCACCGACGUGCUGCGAUGGCUCUGGGAUUCGGGGUUUGCCGCCAUCGCUAGUGACACGCUCAGCUGGGAGGUCUAUCCUCCGCAGUCGGAUGUAUUCCUGCACGAAUAUGUGCUUGCUGGAUGGGGAAUGCCAAUCGGCGAACUAUUUGAUUUGGAAGCCCUGACUCGAGUCUGUCAGGAACUUCAGCGAUGGACGUUCUUCGUGGCGUCGGUGCCCUUGAACAUGCCCGGGGGAGUCUCGUCGCCGCCAAAUAUCAUGGCCAUUUUCUAGUCGCAGCGUAGUCAGGCCAUAA